UAAAAAAAUCUUAGCAAAUUUCUGAGUUUUUAAUAACUGCAUCAAAAAUGCACAUUCUUGUGUUCACCACGUUACUUUCCUCUUUCAUAUUCACAGCCUCCGCCAUACAGUGUUACAAUUGUGAAUCAGUGUCGGAAGCAAAUUGUGGCGAAGACUUUGAUAUAGAGGAGCAUUUUAAGAUCGAUUGUGACCAAGUAGCCCCCCCACGCUACCUUUCUAACGAUUUGGAAUACUUAAAUGCAACAGCAUGUAUGAAAAAGAUCUAUAAAGAAUAUAAAGUUUUAAAAUAUGUACGCAGCUGUUAUUUUGGCGAUGUCAAUGACACUGAAAUUGGUUGUCGCAUGGAUCCAUCUAUGAUGGACUUUCAAGAUGUUCAAUGUUUUGUCUGUGAGAAUGAUAAUUAUUGCAAUAACGCUUGGAGCACUAAGGCUGUGGAUGGACGUUUAGUGCAAUAUUUAACUGUAUUAAUAUUUAUAUUAAUGGCAAAGAUAUUUAAUUAGAACAAUUAAAAGAAAAUCAUUAAAAUCAAGCAAGAAUAAUACUCGUAGUAUGUAAUCAUUUCCAAUAUUGUUUGUUUUUUUAAUAUAGUAUGUAGCUAAAAUGUUAAACAAAUUAUUUUAAUUUUACUAAAUAAAAACAAAAAUUGUGUUUAUUUCCCCCCACCAACAAGUA